AUGGCUUUGGAAGACUUCGAGAAAGAGUUGGCCGAACAGAAAGAAGUAGAGAAAAGACGAGAGCGACGUAAGGAGCACGGAAAAUCUUCAGAACAUGAGCACCGCCGACACCACCAUCACCAACGGAGUUCCAGACACCAUGAUUCGCAACAUGAUGACGACGGACAUCGGUCAAAGAGGUCCAGACAUUCAAAAGAUGAAGAUACAUCGGAAAGCAGGCACAGACAUCGACACCGACGGCAUAGUAGGGGUGAGGCGGAUAAUGAAACGGAAGACAAACCAGCCUCGUCGCGGCCCGACUUGGACGGGUUGAAGCGCGAUUCUUGGAUGGAAGCACCCUCGGCUCUUGAUGUUGACUAUAUCCAAAGAAAACGACCCGAACCCUCCCCGCCAAAAGCUGCCAACCUUGGAGCUGAUUUCGAGCUGAAAAUACAUGAGAAAGAACUCAACCACCAUCUCCGCGACUUACAAAGCGGAAAGAAAGUGGAGGAUCUGGAAACCGAGCCCGCCAGUCAUAAGGUCGACUACACGUUUGGUGAUGCAGGGUCACAAUGGCGUAUGACCAAGCUCAGGGCUGUUUACCGACAGGCAAAAGAGUCUGGCCGUAAGGUCGACGACGUUGCGCUAGAGAGGUUCGACUCUCUACGCGACUUCGACGAUGCCCGAGAAGAAGAGAUUGAACUAGACAGGCGCAAAGACUAUGGAAAAGGCUAUGUUGGGAAAGAACAGCCCAGCGGCGAGUUAUUUCAAGAGCGCAAACUCGACUCAGGCAUCCGACGACCGCACGCACGCGACGACGAAACAGGCCCUGACGACGUCAUGGAGCAAAUGCCCGUCUCAACAUCGCAGACCGGGCCUAAGAUCGACCAGACAGCACUCAACAAGCUGAAAGCCCAGCUCAUGCGAGCCCAACUACGAAAAGACCCGAAAGCCGCAGACCUCGAAAAAGAGUACAACGAAGCCGUAGCCUCCUUCUCGGCACAAGAUCCCUCAGUCAUCACCCUCUCCGCCAUGGACAACCGAAUGCUCUCCUCCGCACCACGAAACGAAGUCAAAUCCGUAACAAACCGCCGCGGCGCGGAACGCGGUAACGUCGAAGAGAACGAAGACAUGAGCAUCGACGACAUGGUCAGGGAUGAACGACGCACAAGAGGCCAAGCAGGCGGCGAGGGCGGCCGUUUCGCCGAACGAAUUGCCAAAGACGCCAAAUUCGACAACGACCUCGACUACAUGGACGAGAAUGCCGCGAAGCUAGCCAAACGCGUGCACAAAUCCGAUAUCAACCUCCGUAACGUCGCGAUUAACGACUAUCAGAAACUCAACAGAAUCCUCGAGAAUUGUCCUUUGUGCUUCCACGAGGACAAAGACACGCCGCCCGUCGCGCCUGUUGUUUCGCUCGCGACGAGAACGUACCUCACGCUGCCUACGGAGCCGGAACUCUCGACGCAAAGCGCCAUGAUCGUGCCCUCUGAGCACCACACAAAUCUGCUGGAGUGUGAUGAGGACGAGUGGGAAGAGAUCCGCAACUUCAUGAAGUCUUUGACGAGAUUGUACCACGACCAAGGCCGCGACGUGAUUUUCUAUGAGAAUGCGGCGUUCCCGUCACGCAAACCGCAUGCGGCGCUCGUGGUGGUGCCGUUGCCGUAUAGUCUGGGUGAAACGGCGCCGGCGUUCUUCAAAGAGGCAUUCCUCUCGACGGAGGAUGAGUGGAGUCAGCAUAAGAAGAUCAUUGAUACGUUGGCCAAGUCUAAGCAGGGUUUGGGCAAGCUUGCAUUCCGACGAACACUGGUCAAAGAGAUGCCAUACUUUCACGUGUGGUUCGAGUUGGACGGUGGAAUUGGACAUGUCGUUGAGGAUGCUGAGCGAUGGCCUCGUGGAGAUUUAUUUGCGAGAGAGAUCAUUGGUGGAAUGCUCGGGUCGGAGCCGGAUGUCAUCAAGAGGCAGGGCAAGUGGCAUCGCGGGCAUGAUAAGAGGGUGGACGCUUUCAAGAAGGUCUGGAGGAAGUUUGACUGGACGAGGAUCCUCACGGAGGGAAGUGCGUAG